AUGUUUUAUGAUCUGAAUAUCCCUUACAGUGCAGGAGAUUUAGAGAUCUCUCACACAUUAAAUUUCCUUGCCGAACUUGGUUACUCGACGGUUGCCCUCUCCCAAACGAUUACCGGAAAGCUUCCUGGAACCCUUGCUCCCCCACCACCCCCAGCCAAUGCACCGAAAUCACUCAAACUCCUAAGCCGCCUGAACCUAACGCUGUCGGAUCCGUCUCAAAAUCAACGCCUGACAAGUCUCACGCAGGCGUACGACUUGGUUGCGCUGCGCCCCACAAACGAAAAGACGCUUCUCAAUGCAUGCACAAAUCUAGAAUGCGACUUGAUCUCGCUGGAUCUCUCCGUCAGGCUGCCAUUUCAUUUUAAAUUCAAGAUGUUGUCUGCGGCUAUCUCACGUGGCGUUCGCGUCGAGAUCUGCUACGGACCCGGAAUCACUGGCAGUGGCGUGGAUGCACGGCGGAAUCUCAUCGGAAACGCAAUGUCACUUAUCCGUGCCACGCGGGGAAGGGGUAUAAUUGUAUCCAGUGAAGCUAGGAAGGCUUUGAGUAUACGGGCUCCGUGGGACGUUAUUAACCUCACCUGUGUGUGGGGACUCUCACAGGAACGUGGGAAGGAAGCUGUUUGUGAAGAAGCACGGAAAGUUGUGGCACUGGCCAAACUGAAACGGAGCAGCUGGCGAGGAAUUGUCGAUGUUGUGGACGGAGGAGAGCCGGAGGAGAUUAAACCCGAGGGAAGGGGGGCAACUAAGAAACAGGUUACGAUUCCCGCUACGACAGGCGGAGAUAGCCUGAAGAGAAAGGCGUCUGUCGGACAGGACGCAGUGGUUGAAUCGACAGAGAAGCCCCUGUCCAAACGGGAGAUGAAGCGGAGGGCCAAGAAAGCACGGCUGGAAGCUGCAGGGGGAGAUGCCAAGAUCGAUGGCGAGGCACCGUGA